GAAGCCAUUAUUUUAUAUGAAUGAAUGUUUAUCCUGAAGUAAAGUUACGAAAACAUAUAUCCGGAUUCCAAUUAACUUGAAAAAAAUCUGGUGAAAGAAAAAUUUUAGAAAAGAAGUUUUAAAAAUUUGAAAUCACUAUCUAAGUCCUAAUCUUCAGUCAUGCCGGAACAAAGUAAUGACUAUAGAGUCGUGACGUUUGGUUCAGGAGGAGUUGGCAAAUCAAGCCUGGUUCUGAGAUUCAUAAAAGGAACAUUCCCAACCAAUUACAUCCCAACCAUUGAAGACACAUACAGACAAGUGAUAACAUGCAAUAAGAAUAUUUGCACACUUCAAGUUACUGAUACAACGGGCAGCCAUCAGUUCCCCGCUAUGCAACGAUUAUCAAUUACAAAAGGACAUGCUUUCAUAUUAGUGUACUCAGUAUGUUCGAGGCAAAGUUUAGAAGAAUUACGACCUAUAUGGCAGCUUAUUAAGGAAAUUAAAGCUGAGACACUUAGCUCUAUACCUGUGAUGCUUGUUGGUAAUAAAAUAGACGAGCCGGCAGAACUACGAGAAGUGACUCAUGCGGAGGGACAAGCUCAGGCUGCAGAGUGGAGUGUACAGUUUAUGGAGACAUCAGCGAAAACAAAUCACAAUGUAACUGAAUUAUUUCAGGAACUAUUGAAUAUGGAAAAGAAUCGAAAUGUGUCACUGACAGAUAGUAAAAGCAAUAAAAAGAAAGGAAAAUCAAAGAAAAAGGAACAGAAUGGAAGCGCAGGUUCUUCAGGAGAGGGAAGCAGUGGAGGUAAAGAAAAAUGUCAAGUUAUGUAAACUAAAACAAUGCACGCUUUAAUCAGAAACGAAUGUAUCUUAAAUUUAAUUCUUUAAAGAAACAUUUUAAGUUCUUAAUGCGUAAUAAAAUAUAUAAAUACUAUUUUAAUGAUGAUGAAAUCAAGAAUCAAGCGAUAAAGGAUAUAUAAGAUAGAUGAAACUAUUUUUUUAAAAAUAAAUGAGCAUUACUGUACAUUAAUUUUGUCAAUAAAUGUUUUAUUCAAGUAAGUUGAAAACUAUAAAAGUC